GAGGAGAAGACUCCAUCCCCUCUUUUUCUCUCUCUGUCCGCACAGAAUGAGAUGAACACCCUCAAGGCCAUUCAAACUUCUUUCCUUCCCACCAAACAUGCCUUCCUCCACAGCGGAAAACUGCCCAACAAGAACAUCAAAUUCACUACCUGCUGCAAAUCAAACAAUGCCGAAUCAGGCUCAGAAUCAUCUUCCCCCGAAGGAGAUAAGAAAAAGCAAGAACUCCUAGUGAAAAUAGCAAUGCUUCAAACUCAGAAGGUUCGCCUUACCGAUUACUUAGAUGAACGCUCGGCUUAUCUAUCCGAAUUCGCUGAAAAAGCAAAUGACGAGUUCAAUGAAAUUGGCGAAAAUGCUCUCAAAGAACUAGAUGAAGCUGAAAACAGGAUUAUGGAAAAGCUAGAGCUCAACAUGCAAUCUUUUGAAGAGAACGCAGAAUUGAACAAAUUGGUUAUUGAGGAAAAUGAGAAGAAAGUGGGAGACUUCGAAGAUCAAAUAGAUAAGGAUCGGAAUGAAGGCUUGUUCUUCAAGAACUUGGGGCAAAAAAAACCUGUAGAUCAAGUCAAAGCUAAGGAAGAAGCCAGGAAGGUCAAAGAAGUUACAAGAAAAAGUGCAGGAUCAAAUACUCGGAGAAACUUUUACCUUGCUUUACUAGGGCUGACAUUCGUGGCAGUCGCUGAUUCCUUGUUCUCUAAUCCGUCUGAUUGGAUUAAACCGGCAGUGUUAGGGCUCAUUUCAGUGGCUUUGCUUUCCCAAUUUAUUUAUGAGCAAAGUCUGUCAUCAAAAACAGAAAGAACAGAUCAAGAAGAUGAACAGAAGUGAACAGGAUGAAAUGAAGCAAGAUACUUUAUGUACGGGUUACCAACAAUUAAACAUGGAAUAUAGCAUGAUUUAAUAAACCCGAGCAAAUACUUGCAACUCGGGGCUGAUAUAUCAUCACCUAUUUGCUUUGACAUCAUCAAGAACUGAUCUGGGCAAUCUCUUUGCCAGACCAUAACAUGUAACCAAGUUACAAUUUCUGAUGCAAUAUGAACAUUUAUACUAUUGAAGUAAAAGCAACAAAUGUCUUAGCUAAAAA